AAGGAUAUCGCGCGUUUGUAUUGUCCGACUCCGUGUUAUGACAGAUGGCCAUCAUCAUCUCUCCACGGACAUCAUGAGUCGAGAAGACAUAUAUAAGCUCUUAGGGCAACUCUCUUGUUGCCACAUAUCUUCCCAGACUACCAUUGUUGUCACUGCACAACAUGGAACCCACUGAAAAGAAAGCCAAUGCCGAGCACGGUCUACUUACUCCAGAUCCAGGCCGUGUUUCCCAGGUUGACCCAAGAGAACAUCAGUCGAGAGGGUCGAGUCCACAGCGGACCCCAGGCAGACACUCUACCGAUCCGUCUCCCGUACGCCCUUCGAUAGCGAAGAUGAACAAGAGGAUCAUAAUAUGUUGCGAUGGGACCUGGCAGGAUGGCUUGACCGUCUCGCAGAGAUGGAAAUAUACCAACGUCCUUCGCCUUGCUCGAUCCAUCAAUCACAUGGACGAACGACAGAACCCGCCAGUCCCUCAGAUUGUGUUUUAUCAGUCUGGUGUCGGAACAGAAAACUUUGCGCCUCUGGCACUGUUUGAGGGUGCAGUUGGCGCGUCGCUUGGCGAUAAGGUACAGGAUGCCUAUGGGUUCCUCGCUCAUAACUAUCGACCCGGCGAUGAGAUAUUUCUGUUCGGUUUCUCGCGGGGCGCAUACACGGCUCGUAUGGUAGCCUCAUUCAUUGAGGCGAUCGGCAUCUUGGAUCGUAAGGAUAUGGAUCAUUUCGCAGACCUCUUCCUAGCUCUUCAGAAACGAGGAAAGACGAAGGAUGAGAAAGAAAAGCAGGAAUUGGAUGAAACGUUGAAACCGUGGACACACCACAACUCUCCGGGAAUGCGCCAUGUGGAGUCGGAUGACAGCUUCUUCGUCAAAUGUGUCGGCGUAUUCGACACUGUUGGUUCAGUGGGCUUGCCCAAUGAGCUCUCAUUCGGAUCCGAGAAGGUGAAGACUCUCUUUGGGUUCCCGGACACAGUACUCGGACCACAUAUUGAACGUGCAUAUCAUGCGAUGGCACUGAACGAGAACAGAAAGGACUUCAAUUGUACCAAAUUCCAUCAAACAGAGAGGGGGCGCGGUAAUGGGCAGAUCUUGAAACAGUGUUGGUUCGCAGGCUCACACUCUGAUGUUGGUGGUGGAUAUGAGGAACACGAUCUCUCCGAUAUUGCUCUUUUCUGGAUGGCGGCCAAUAUCGGCGACAUCUUAUCCCUUGACAUGGAUUACUUGAUAUCCUUGCCGGAGCCUGUGGCCACGUGGGGCUUGCAGAGUCCUCAUGAUUCGUCCACAGGAAUUUUUGCGCUUGCGAGCUCCAUUCAGCGUGAACUGCCAGCAGAGACCGACAAUACUACUCACGAAACUAUCCAUCUCUCUGUUCUGCAACAGCAGAAGCAGAAUCCCAAGUUGGAACAGAACGUGAAGAACAAGCCUCAUCUCGUUGGUCCGCUUCUUCCAUUGGAGGAGGAAAUCAAAGCGCUCUGGAAGGUUUCUCCUGAGAAGAGUCGUGGCUAUCAGAGGCGAAAGACAACCCAGGAACUUGAACAUAAGGAAAAUGGGAAAGGCGACAACAGGGUGGAGGCUACGCAGCACGUUUUACAGGAGGAGAAGGGCUCUGGGCAUGGCGUCCUGAAGUCCUUGACACACAUGAAGACCAUCUCAGCGGAACCGGGAGCCCAAGUUUACGAGGAGAAUCAACUACUAGUAGGCAAAGUCGUUCAUGAGAGUAGCAUUGGUGGGCUUUUGAAAGACUUGACGGGAGGUCAGUGAAGGGUGGCAUACAUUUAUGCACGUCUCGUUGUAAGGAUACGCAUUAUUUAGCAACCGUUAUUUAUACCAGAGAUACCAGACUUCUUGUUAGUUGUGUCAAAGAAAUACUUAGACUCUGAACAAAUGUCACGCCACCAC